ACUGUCUUAUUAGUCAUUUUAUAUAGAACAUGCCACUCAUUAUACUUACAGGAUACCCAUCGAGUGGAAAAACUAAAAGGGUCAAUGAGAUUAAAGAAUAUUUCGUAAAACGAAUUGAAGAAGAAAAGAAAUCGCUUCGUAUUCAUGUUAUAAAUGAUGAAAGUCUUCAUGUCACCAAAGAUGCGUAUAAAGAUGUUAGAGAAGAGAAGAAAGCUAGAUCUGCCUUAUUAUCAGCAGUGGAAAGAUUAUUGUCAAAAGAUGACAUUGUUAUUGCAGAUGGAUUAAAUUAUAUUAAAGGCUUUCGAUACCAAUUAUAUUGUAUAGCAAGAGCUAUUGGUACACCACACUGUGUUGUGUAUACAGGUACACCUAUAGAUAUUGCUAAAGAAUGGAACAAGAAUAGAGGAUCAGAAGGAUAUGAUGAGAUAUUGUUGGAUGAGCUUGUUUCAAGAUAUGAAGAACCCGAUGAACGUAAUAGAUGGGAUUCACCUUUAUUUACAAUAAUUUAUGACGAUACUGAGAUCCCAUUGGAUAAAAUGUGGGAUUCAGUGAUAUUAAGAAAAGCGUUACCUCCUAAUAAAUCCACUGUAUCAAAACCAGUAUCGUCCACAAAUUAUGUAUAUGAACUAGAUAAGGCAACAUUAGAGAUUAUCAACGCCUUUGUUGAAAGACAAAAGGAAUUUGGUCCUGGUGGUAUGCCUAUGACAGUGCCUCGCUCAGAGACAAAAGUCAUAAACCCAUCCCGUACAGUGACUCUGUCAGAACUUCGAAGAUUGCGAAAACAAUUUGUUACAUACAAUAAGAUGAAUACCACACUAGAUAUUGAUCGUUUAGGUGAUGUCUUUGUAAAUUAUCUUAAUUCUAAUUUAGAAUAAUAAAUCUCUUUUUCUAUUUGCUUAUAUCAACAGAAACAAUGCUUAAUAAUAACAAAUGAUAAUAAAUAACGUCACUGUUUUUUUUUUUUCUUUCUUUCUCGGGAAUAAAAUUGCACAUAUCUAUAUCCUUUUUGCUACUAUUUUGUUUUGCUCUUUUACAUUA